UCAAGAAAGUUUGUGUUAAUAUUAUUUUAAUACAAUUUUAUUGAAAAUAUGGCUAGAAAGGGACAAGUAGCCAUACAAGAUAAUAUAGAAACCAAUGAAGAAUUUGAGGAAACAUUAAUGUCAAAUUUUGAUCGACUCCUAUGUUUGGAGGUGUAUUCUGAAUUCUGUGGUCAUUGUUUAGCUACUGGAAAUGCCAUUAGAAAGGGUAAACUAGAAAUUGGUCAAGAUCGUAUUGCUAUGGUCAGAGCUUUAGCAGAUAACAUCGACGUUUUAUCUAGAUUUAGAAAUAGGAGCGAGCCGAUUUUUCUUUUCAUAUCGAAAGGUAAAUUAAUAAGAGCUAUGUUUGGUGCAAAUGGUUUAGAAUUAUGUCGCAUAAUGGAGGAAGAAUUGGAAAAUGUGAAAAUCGAGGCUGAAACCGGAAUUGAAAGACCCAAACAAGAAAUUGAAGAGCUUUUACCGGAGGAAGCUGCAAAGAUUGAAGAAGAUUUAAAAAUGGAAGAAGAAGCUCGAGAAAAAACCGAGAGACUUCGAGUUUUAACUACUGCUGCUCGAAAAAAAAGAGUUUGCGAGCGUUUGGCACGCCACGUACGAGGGUUGAAUUUUAUUUUAUACUGGCCACACUGUCACAAAGCCCAUUUAGACCUUUAUGAAAAAUGGGAUCUUAUAAAUGUCCAAGUGGCGGCUAAGGAGACGAUCCAAAUGACUGAGGAAUUAGUGAAAGAGGCUUUAUAUAUGAGUGACGUAGACCCUAAUGAAGCUUGUAUCCAUGCUCUAAUGAACGGAGAAGCAUUGGUUGUUCUUUUUAAAAUGUUCGACACGGAUGAUAGGGAUUUUGUUAAACUUAUGCGUCAUACUUUAUACGAAGAAAUACCAGUUCCAAAGGAGGAUUUGCCACCGGAAAAGCAGCUUCCUCCAAUACCGGCGUUUGAAAGGUAUGCGACCAUCAGUAAAACGGCUAGAGAGGUUCGGAGGGAGAGGUACGAAGCCCGAAUGGAAAAACUACGUCAAGAAAAAGAAGAUCGGGAUAGAUUAGCAGCGGAACAAGCGAGACUUGCAAGAGAAGAAGAGGAAGAAAGACAAAGACUAGAGAAACAAAGACAGGAAGAAGAAAGAAUGGCUAGGAUUCAAGCUGGAUUGCCAGCAGAUCCCGAACCAGAGCCAGCACAAGAAGCUGGGGAAGAGGGUGGUGAGGAAGCAGUUGAAGGAGAGGAAACAGAGGUGGCCGAAACUGAAGACAUUGAGGAACCGGAACAAAAAGAAGAAGAACAAGUAGAGGUUGAAGAGGAAUUCCACUCAGAUGUAUCUGUUGAGGACGAGGAGUAUAUUCCUCCUGGUGGUCUAUUUGUGCCAGGACUAUAUACUCCACCUAACGAUUUAGCCAAGGCUAAUGCAUUGGCCUACUUUUAUCCCAAGAUCGUGUCUCAAAUUACACCAAUUGAGUCGGAGUUUCUCCCUCCGCACGUGUUGGUAAUGUUUACUAUUGAAAAGCGACAUGAUGUUAAAGAUAUAAUGGAUCAAUUUCCUGAUGAAAUUCUUAAUUAUGGCAUUUUUAUCGGAGAUGACCCUACCACAGCUCAACACCUCGCUUAUACUAUAAAGCAGUAUAAUCAUAUGAGCAGAAUAAGGAAGCACAACGAUAGACUGGCGUUGAUGGUUUCUCGGAAGCGCAGUCUACCAAUGUUGCAGUUGGCGGGAGUCAACCCUUGUUACAUCAGUCAUGAUGUGGAGAGCGGGGAAAAGGAUUGCCUUGUUAUGUUUCCUGUGGGUUACGGAGAUGAUUAUGAGGAAGAAGAAAGUGUCCAUGAGGAGGCUGAGGAGGCUGUAGAAGAACAAGCACCUGAACAGGAGGUUGUCGAAGUUGUUAACCAAGAAGAACAAGAAGAAGAUGAAGAAGAGGACGACUAAGUAUCUCAUUUACUUUAUAUUAUUUUGGUUCAUUAUAUAAUAUUAAUUUAAAUAAA